AUGGCAACGAACCAGCCACAGAUAAACAUAAGCUAUGAUGAUGAACAGAAUAAGGCAGAGGAUUUCCUUGGGAAGCACAAAGCAAAUGAGCGCGAGCAAUCUGACGCGACGCUAUUGGCUGGGAUGGAAGAUGUGAACAUGUAUGGUUCAAGCACAGCCAAUCCGGGCAAUCCACCCAGCGGUCUCAAAUACAUGGAUCAGCUCCAACGGAUUUCAAACAGACUACAAGAGGAGCUCGUCAUUGAUCUUGAGGACGUGGCUAGUCACCAAGGCGGCCCCAGCCUCGUACAUAGCAUCACAAACAACACGCGCCGCUACAUUGACAUUUUCAGUAAAGCGGUCGACAAGCUUAUGCCGCAGCCUACGCUCGACAUUUCCAGCAAAGACGACGUUCUCGACACUAUCGCCCACCAGCGUCGCCAGAAGCAGUCGGAGAAUGAAGAAUCUGGCAUGCAGGGUUUCCCUGAGCAGAUUAUGCGUCGCUACAACCUCUACUUCAAGCCACGCAACGCUGCCCCUCUUCUCGCCGUGCGCACCAUCCGCGGUGCAGACGUCGGUAAAUUGGUAACCGUUAAGGCGAUAGUGACGCGCGUAUCGGAAGUGAAGCCAUGCCUCAAGUUCAACGCAUACACCUGCGACGCGUGUGGACAUGAGAUUUUCCAAGAAAUCACCUCGAGACAAUUCACUCCGAUCACCGACUGUGUGUCUUCUGACUGCCAGAUCAACCAGACGAAGGGAUCGCUACAUCAACAAACACGUGCAUGUCGCUUCAUGGCGUUCCAAGAAGUCAAGGUGCAGGAAAUGGCAGAACAGGUCCCUGUCGGACAUAUACCGCGCACAAUGACCAUUCAUAUGUAUGGGAAUCUCGCUCGCACCGUUAAUCCAGGUGACGUUUGCCAUAUCGCUGGUAUUUUCCUUCCUCAGCCUUACACAGGCUUUAGGGCUAUACGCGCUGGUCUCCUCCAAGACACUUACCUCGAGGCGCAGUAUGUCCACCAGCUCAAAAAGCAGUACGACGAAAUGGAAUUGACCCCCGAGAUCGAGGAAAAGAUUGCUGAACUCACCCAGGAUCCUUCCCUCUAUUCCAAGCUUGCCAAUUCGAUAGCUCCAGAAAUAUACGGCCACGACGACGUAAAAAAAGCUCUGCUCUUGCUGCUCGUUGGUGGUGUAACUAAGGGGAUGGGAGACGGGAUGAAAAUACGUGGAGACAUUAAUGUGUGUCUGAUGGGUGAUCCAGGUGUAGCCAAGUCGCAGCUCCUCAAGUACAUAUCCAAGAUAGCACCUCGCGGGGUGUACACAACGGGACGCGGUUCCUCUGGAGUAGGAUUGACAGCGGCGGUGAUGCGCGACCCCGUCACCGACGAGAUGGUUCUUGAAGGCGGUGCACUCGUCCUAGCCGACAAUGGUAUCUGCUGCAUCGAUGAGUUCGACAAGAUGGAAGAGAUGGAUCGUACAGCCAUCCACGAAGUGAUGGAGCAACAAACUAUAUCUAUCUCAAAAGCAGGCAUCACGACUACCCUUAACGCCCGCACAUCAAUCCUCGCAGCUGCCAACCCACUCCUCGGACGUUACAACCCCAAGAUAUCCCCCGUAGACAACAUCAACUUGCCCGCUGCACUGCUAUCGCGUUUCGACAUACUCUUCCUCAUGCUCGACUCACCCAGUCGCGAGGCGGACGAGCGACUCGCGCAGCAUGUCACCUACGUGCACAUGCACAACCAGCAUCCACAAAUAGAACAUGAGCCUGUAGAUCCGGUGAUAAUGAGGCAUUACAUCGCUCUCGCUCGUCAGAAACGUCCUGUCGUACCCCAGGCGGUGGCUGAGUAUCUCACCGGCACUUACGUUCAGUUGCGCAAGGCGCAGAAGGAGGAUGAGUCCGGUUUUACUUACACCUCAGCACGUACCCUCCUUGGCGUUCUUCGUCUCUCACAGGCCCUCGCUAGGUUGCGCUUUGCUGACGUCGUUGAGCCCGCUGAUGUGGACGAGGCGCUUCGUUUACUAGACGUUUCCAAAGCCUCCCUUUACGAUAGUAAGGAUGGAAAUCGUGCAGAGAAUGAUAUGUCGGCUACUUCUAAAAUCUGGCGCAUUAUUCGCGAUCUUAGACGCAUUAAUGCCGCUGGUAGAGAGGGCGAUGGUGACGAUGACCUCCUUCAACUUAAUCUCCGCCAGGUUAGAGAUAGAGUGCUAGCUAAGGGCUUUACAGAGGAUGCGCUUAUGGAUACUAUCAACGAGUAUGAACGUCUCGAUAUCAUUCAAAGAGUCGCUGGCGGUACUCAGAUACGCUUCGUCGAUGAAUUGUAG